UUUCAAUUAAAUAUAAAAUUAGAGGUAAAUUUAAUUAAUUAAUUAAUAAAAGUGGUAUUUUUCAACUUACCCUAAUUAAUAAUGUCAAAGAUGAAGUCCGCCCAUUUUUAUGGGCUCAAAAGCAGCCCAAAGCCUAAACAAAACUCCAAGCCCAACGGCCAAAGUUCUUCUCUCUCUCUCUCUCUCCCCGUUUGUUUAUAUAGUCAUUUUGGCGGUAAAGUCACCUCCCGCGGGUUCUUCUUCUGGUUGUGUAUCCAUGGAUGCCCAAGGAUUUCGUCCUCCUCAGUUCUCCGAGGAUUUAGCUUGGGCUCCUAAUUGGGUUCAGCAUCAGGUGGAACAAUUUGGGUCUUCAAAGCUUUCAUCUAAGGAUCUCACAUCAUUUCAAGGAAACAUUUGCGCUGAUAACAAUGUAGCUUUGUUGUCAAGGGAGGAAGGUAUGCAUGAUAAAUUAUACCUGUUCAUUUCUGGAGAAGACAAUUCAUCAAUGAGUUUGGCUUCAUCUCAUGAAAAUCAGGUGCUUCAUUUUCAUCUCCAUCUCUCUAAUGAGAGUGCACUAUGUGUUCCCUCUCAAUUUUUGGCUUCAGAUGCAUCUCAACCUGUUUCCAAAAUUAUUUCACGAGUGCAGCAAUUUGAAAAUCCUGUUGCUCGAAAAGAAAAUAGUUGCCCUAAAAUAAGCUGCAGUGCUGGUGGUUUAGAUAUGCAUCCUAGAAAUUCCAAGCCAGAACCUUGCCAAAAGUAUCCUGGCAAGAGCAAGAAUCCUCUGAGGCACUACAAAGAGUUCAAUGUUGGACAUCUUAAAGAUUCUGAGCUGUAUGAUGCAGUUAAACUCUCAAUUGCAGCGUCUGAAGCAUUGGUUAUACAUGAAAUAGCAAAUAGUAGGUCAGAUUUAGAAGAAAUAAUUUCAACAGAUUUACUGGAAGUUACCCUUCGGGUGAAGCAGACACGAUUGGAAUGGCUAGAAGAUUCAUUUGAUUUAUCCACUAAAGAAACUGAUGAGCUUGAUUCUCUCUCAGAUUUGGAUGAUUUUGCAAUGACAGAUGCUUUUGAAGAUGUAGGAUUGACAUGUGAUACUUACAAUCUUCAAGUUAGUGGCUCAGCUGUUUCUCAUGUCAAAGAGACUCCAGCCUCUCAAAAUUGUUUCAGAUAUGACAAUCAUUCUGUCAGUACUGAACUUUGGGCUCGGCAAAUCAAUUUUGAUGAUAUUGCCACACCAAACCAGCUUGAAAAUAAUUUAAAUUUAGAUACAGUAGAAAUAACAGAUUUGUCUUUAGACUCUCUUAAUUGUGAGAGGGACAAUAAUCUUAUUGAUGGUUCUACUCCUAGUUUAAAUGCCUCCGCCAUAGCAAAUAAAAAUGAUUCAUCCACAGCCAAAAGUCCACGUGAUAUAGAUAUGGCACAGGCAGUUGGCUCAUCCCAGGUAGUUCUGACUUCAUCGCAGCUGCUAACCAGAGAACAAAGUGCUUCUCAUGAAUCAAAGUUAGAGGAUGCCAGAGAAGAUAGGGUUACUUACCUAGUUUCAGAACGAUUUCAAAGUCGAUGGCUAGGUGGCUGGUCAACAAAGAAGGAAGUAGAUGCAGCGAUUAAGUUGUCCACCUUUCAGAAGGAAGUAGAUGCUUCUGCACAGUUAAAAAUGAAAAAUGUCAACAGUAUCAUGAAAGCGUUUGCUUGUGAGACAAGCUUACUAUCAGAAUCUGCAGACGUUGCUCCGGAUGCAAACUCUCUAGUUUCAAUACGUGAGUUCAAGUCCCAUGGAGGGUCACAAUCAAGCAUAAACAAUGCAGGUCUGCUUGACAAAGAAAAUCAGGGGAUAAUAAUUUCUCAAGAUGUUGUGAAAUCUUCAAGUUUGUCUUUGGGCGAUCCUCUUUGCUCGGUUGUUCCAUGCAGUAUUGCGUCAGAAGAUACCAAAUCUGUUGAAGUUCAGAAUCAGGAUGUUAUGGAAAAUGGGAAUGAAGGACACUUCAGAUCCACUGUAGAUCUUGAAAUAGAAAAUUCACACAACCUCUCAAAACUUGUUGAAUUUCAGUGUGGAAACACUGACAUAGCUAAUGAAGGUUCUGAAGGUAUAGUUAGAAGACAGCUUUCUUCACUCAAGAUGUAUAGUAUGCUUAUUCCACAAAAUCUUUCUGCAUCUAAUGGGAAAAGUGCUCACUAUAAUCAGUCAUUUCAAUCACUAAGUUGUGAUCCAUGGAAAGAUAGUGCUCUCAAACAGAAUAUGAAUUGCAUUGGUGGUUCUAAUAAAAUGAGUUCUAAGCAGUUGCCAUCUUUCAAUUCUAUUCACAAUUCUUUUGCUGAAAAUGAGAAUGAGGAAGUUUGUGAAACUAUUAUGAAUGGGAACUCAGUUGACAAAUUCAAAAAGCUAACACACCCACAGUUAGCUUCUGCACUUUUCAUUUUAAAAUCCAGUGGAGAUUUGCAUCCCGAACAAGCACCGCAACCAGAUGAUGUUAUCGGAUUUCAAAAAUUUAAAGGACUUCAAAAGAGACAAUCCAACGACAAGAAUUCCCGUGAUAGACACUUUCCUGCUCGAAAAAGGGUUCGCUUCUCUGAAGAAGUGAAAAUAAAGCCAAAGAAGAACAUUCGAGAGCUGCAUUCCUCCAAAAGAAACUGCUCGGCUAUGGUCACUAGCAAAAAGAUUAAGUAUAUUGCCAAAAGGUCACACCAUCAUAGUCAAAAAGGUUUCCUUGGUUGUUGUUCUCAGGUUGGUAAGGGAUUGAUAUUCCAAGGAAUACAAUUUCUGCUAACUGGACUUUCAACCCAGAAGGCUAAGGAUGUUAAACGACAAAUACAGAAACACGGUGGUAUUAUUCUAACUGAUAUUCCUUCUCCUCCAAAUUCAAGGAGAAAACGAUGGUCAAGAAGUAAUUGGUACCAGCUUCCUAUUAUCAUAUCCUCAGAAAAGCAUCAAACUAUCAAGUUCUUGUAUGGAUGUGUAGCAAAUGCUUUGUUAUUGAAGGCCGAUUGGGUUACUGAUUCGGUUGGAGCAGGUUUUAUUGUAGCACCUGAGAAAUACAUGAUUUUACCAUGGCAAUACGUACACAGUAACAGCAUUGAGAAGCUAGAUUAUGACGAUAACAAUAAUAGUAUUUUUGACAAAGUUGGAAUCAUGCUUCAUGGGAAGCCUAAUUUUUGUACCAAAUUUUCUAGAAUAGUCAAGCAUGGUGGCGGGAAAGUGUUUAAAACCCUUCAUUGGUUGGUCCAUAGCCUAGACAAGGAACAGAUAAAUGUGGGAGUUAUUGUUACUGAGGAUAAUACCGCAUCACGCCACUUAAGGCAAUGUGCUAAUGAGCGGCAGAUACCAAUGAUGCCUGAAAGUUGGAUAGUGAGGAGCCUACAUUCAGGAAAACUUCUCCCCUUCUCAGAAUGAAGACUAUUCCUUGUCAAGUUUAAUGAUUACAUGGUUUCUCGUUUACCAAACAACCAGGUGAAGAAGUAUAACUCUGCUGCUUAAACCUCUACUUAGGAGGUAUACAUGUAAAGGCUCGUGUUAUGGAAUCUUAAGCUGGAUAUUGGACCCCACCAGAUAAGAUUGCAAUGCAAGUAAAAUCCAUUACAAGAGUGAGUACCCUUUGUAUAUGAAAACAUAACCACUUCUUAAGCUUUUGGUCUGUUAGCCUCAGACCAAAACCCUAAGCUGUUCAGUAUUGUAUGAAAUGUCUAUUUUAAUGUGUGGUCCAAUUCAAAACCAGAUCAACCACACAAAGUAAAAAACUAGGAGGUACCCUAUAUCAACACUCUUUUGUAAAUUACCUUAACCCAAUGGCCAUACCAAGAUAGAAGUUAAAAGAAGAGACAGAAUGAGGAAGAUAUGAGAUCUUUGGUGCUCUUUUAUUUUAUUAUUUUUUUUUUAAAUGUAUUAUAGUUAUGUGUAUAACUGCCAUUUUGUAUGUAUGUAUUUACCCAUGGUUUCAAAUGUACAAAUACUUAAUAGUCAAUUAUAUUCAAUAUUUAUAAAGAUUUGACAUGGAAGAAAGAAAAAAAACUUGGAGGUGGUACUUUUUUGCCAUCUGUCAUAAUAUGCAGUGUCUGGUCAUAGAGCAUGGACUCAUCUAUCCAAAGAGAAAAGCAUGCAAUAGAUAUUUUUGACAUAAAUUACAAGAAAAAUGAGUGAUCUAUUUCAAAGCCUACCCAAGAGAGUUCUAGAGAUAUUUGUAUUUUUUUUUUUGAAACAGUUUUACAAUUUUUUUUAAAGUAUUAUAAAAGAAAGAAUAAUGUUUAUAAUGCUGAAUUUAUAUUCUGGCAAAUUUUCCUAGAUUAGUCGAACCAAAAUGUAUAUAUUUUUUUAGUAAAAAAAUAC